AUGAUGUUAAUGCUCUUCAAUUGGUUUCUCUUUUCAGUCCCUCUCUUGUGUUUGGCGUUCAUUCCUGACAACACAGAAAAACUUACGUCUGUGAUCGGUGAAUUGACAGAGAGAAUCGCCGAUUUGGAGGUGAGAUUGUCUACACAAGAACAUAUUAACAUAAAUCUGGAGUCACGGCUAAAAGUGCAGGAGAAAAAGAAUCGAGAACACGAAGACCUCAUUAAUGCAUUAUCUGCUCGAACGUGCACAACCUCAAAACAGUCUGCUUUCAAAAGACAACAAGACGAAAUGCUGCACAAAAACAGUUUUAACAGUAAGUCAAGUUUCGACAGGAAAAACACUGAAUCUUCCGUUGCAAUAACUUCUAAAAGGUCAACAGUUUCCAAAAUGGGUGUAAACGAGCAAGUUAUUAAACGUCGACAUGGCAUACAUGAUGCAAACAGCUUAAUUAAAGAUGUUCAAAACAUUGACCGCGAUAGAGUCGCUUUCUAUUCGUACCUUUCAAACACUGACAUGCACCCCAAACCAAACCAGACGAUAGUCUUCGAUCACGUGGUCACAAACACUGGCGGGAAAUUCAAUUCCAAAACUGGAGUCUUCACCUGUCCUAUACAAGGUGUUUAUGCAUUCUCGUGGACAGUGUACUGCAGUAAUGGCGGCUAUUUGAUUUCCGAACUGGUGGUCAAUUCACGGAGUGUAGGAGACAUGCUCUGUAGCGGACAAGGGGACGACAAUAUCCGCCAUACUUCAAGUGUAGCCGUGGUGGAACUUAAUGAGGGUGACAGGGUGUAUGUACGCACCCAUCCCAUAGCCGUGUUGAACGGUGUUCUAUGGAGCGGCCCUACUUACUUUUCUUCUUUCAGUGGUUGGACUGUCAUCUAGUGUACGUUCAAAGAAUAAUAUUCAGAAGUUUGGUUGACGAUAUACGCUAGUUACUAGGAUAUGUAUUUAUUAUUGUUUCUUUAUCUAUAUCAAGAGGCGUGGAAAUGGGGGUUACUGAUCAAUUGAUUCAAUAUUUGUGAAAUCAAAGUAAUAUAUUAAGGUCUUAUGGUGUAAUUUUGUUCAGCUAAAUGAUUUUCCUCAUUUAAAUGGAUAGUAUAAAUCUGAAGCUAUCUUUCCAAACAUCAGGGUUUUAUUUAAAUGGUGAAAUGUAUAUCAUACAUUAAUGUUUGUAAAAAAAAAUGAUAAUUACACAUCGUGUGUUACAAAGUUACUAAUAACAGUUCAAAGUUUAGUAAAACACACAAAAAUGAUUAAAUUAUGAUAAAUCAUAAUCUAAUCUUUAUUUUGACAAACCUGCAAUAGGAAAUACCUGAAAUAAUGUUAUCAGUUGUAAGCGAAGCCUUUAUGCAGGCAUGCUGCCUAACAUGUGUACUUUAAUGCUGCUGUUUUAAUAUUCUCAUUGGGUUGUUAAACCGUUUAAAAAUCAUUUGCAAAUAAGUUCAAAUAAAAAAAUCGGUUUAAUAUAUAGU